AUGCCCCCUCCUCCGGCACCUUCCUCGGGCGUGACUCGCACGCAAUCACUACGGAGACCGACAGUUGGCCAGAGUGCUGCGUCAGGACUGCGCGCCCCGACCAAGGCCGGCGCUUCUUCAGGCGCUGCAAAGCCCGUUGGCCCCGUACGGACCAAUAGACCGGGCUCAUCGUCAGGACCAUCGUCCAGAGACACAGCGCCGCAAAAGUCAGGCCAGAGGGAACGGACGAGAGCUGCUACAGUGUCAUCUCCCCAACCUGAGCGGACACGGCCGGUGGCGGCGGCGCAGAGGCUCCAACCUCCGUCGGGCAAUGGCUCAAAGAUCGGAGCUUCAGCCCUGAAGCACUCGAGAUCCAGGUCAGAACUCCCGGGUGGGGCGGCGCGGACGCAGGCAAACAUUGCAUCCUCGCGGGGCGUGGUGGGCUCAGAAAAGGAGCCGAAACUGGUGGCCAAGCCCGCGUUCUCAACGUUGCAGCAGCACUAUUCGCCAAAGAAGACGUCGGAACCGAAGAAGGCUACGUCGGCAUUCUUCCACGCAUCAUCAGUAAGCACAGGAGGUGCAGAUGCACUUUCAGCCGAAGUGUUGGCGCUCCAAACAGAGCUGCUCCAGCUUCACGUCCUGCACGAGUCGGCGGCGGCAGUUCGGAGGCAGUGGGAGCGCAGCGCGGAGCGGGCGCUGCGGCUCCAAUUCUACGAGGUGGCGACAGCGCAUCACAACAUGCGCAAGAACGAAAGCGAGGUGCAGGAGCUGGUGAACCUGCAUGCGCUGCAGGAGUGGAGCAGUGGGAGCGCCACGUUCGGCCUCGCGGAGAAUAUCCAGCUCCUUGGGCCGCUCCUGAACGAGCUGCGGGCGCUCACGGACGCAGGCGGGCGACAUACAAGCGUGGUGCAAGAGUUCGAGGAGUGGAGCACGCGGGCGGAGGAGGUGUGGAGGCGCAGGGAGGAGGCGCAGAGCGCGGAGGUGGUGGAGGGGCUCGGGGACGGAUGGAAGGUGGAAGUGGGCGCCCUCAUCCGCAAGGUGACGGCACUGGCACGCGAUGCGGAGCGGCUGGUCGAGCCGGCGGCGGGAUCCAGCAUCAGCACGGUGGUGGGCGGCUGCCGGGCGCUGGUGACGGGCAUAAUGCGCGAACUGCAGCUUAUGAGGCGCAUGGAGGGGGAGGUGGGGGAGAGCGAGGCAUGGUUUGUGGAGCAGCAGCUGCAGGGAAUGGCUGCAGAGACGGAGCAGGUGCAGGUGGGCUGGAGGGAGGUGUAG